GUACAUAACAUGCGCGUGUCCGAGACAAGAGGAGAAAGUUUCGCAGCGAGUCGCGUCCCUUUGCGAGUUUCGUCGUGGCGCAUUUACAAUUUUUUUCCUUAUUUAAUUACAACUACAUUACCGAUGGAAAUCGACGAAAAACCGGCGUUUCGUGAUUAAUUACGGUUCAGCUCGAUAUCUGGAAACGCGUGCAAUGGCACGCAAGUGCCAUUACCUUUGUGAGGACAACGAUCCAGCGAUUUUCACCGGUGUUACGUAUAUUACCAAAAACUUUCUUGUGCGAGGUAUUUUUAAUCGCGUAAUGAGAGGCUUGGAGGUUCUGAUCUACAUUAUACGAGCGAAGAUAUAAGCACUCAGCAGCCCCGGUGAAAGAAACGAAGCACUCAAGGCUUCACAAAUGGUUAUCGGUCGAUAUUAAACCCUUAAUUAUACCCCUUUUACAACUUCACAUCGAUUAAACCUUAUUCCAGAUUCUGACAUUACAUUUAUUUUCUCUCGAUCUGAUUAUAUAAACGUUACUUUAUGCGUUGUACAAUUGCUAUAAGCAAAUACUUUAACACGCCACGAAAUUUCGUUAGACGUUUAAUCACAUCUAUUAGUUGAUCGACGUAAUCGAAGAAUUCAUUGCUGCAAUUUAUUGCAAUUAAAUUCGCUUUAUCGAGCCACAGGAGACAGUACCGCGUAACAGUAACGCUUUCGUAAUAACGAUAUCAAAUACCUGGCUAAAAUACGGACAAUGCAAGGACCAAAAAAGGGGAAAAGGAAAGAAAUUCCCUUUAAGGAGAAUUAGCGAUCUUACGGUUCUUCUGUUUUAUCGGAGAGAUCUGAAAAAUAUUACCGUGUAUCGAGAACGGAGAGGCAUUGCGUAAGAGACCGAGGAGGUUCGAUCGGAAUUACGUCCGGAAUCGUUUUUACGAGGCACGAGCGAGAACGACGGAAUCUGAGGCGAGUAACGAUCGCGCCGCUCCUUCCGAAGUGAAAGAAAAAGAAACGCCGAAGAAGACUGGUCGCUGCGAUCAUUGCACGCUAAAUUGCUGGCUCCUCCUCGGCGAGUGAACGGACAAGAGAGCGAUUCGAAACAGUUCGAAUGUACAGGGGGUAUGUUACGCGUGCGGCAGAUCCGGGGAUCCGGUAGUAAUCAACCAGCUGGUUGGUAGCCCGUGGGAAAACGGCUUAACGCCGAACGAACGCCUUUGCACGGUGUGGUAGCACAAUCGGUCCACUUUAAUGUUGGCGGACGAGUAGGAUUUUCCGGGGAGUGGGCCAGUAGCCACGGCGAAAGUGCCGGUAUAUAUGCCAGUGAUUGGCGCGAUGUAACUUCAGUGUGCACCUUCGAACGAUACCAUGAGCACUCCACAGAAGCUUAUAAUACUCGCCUUGGUGGCGACAGCCCUGGCCGGGGAUGCCAAGGAGUCGAGCACGAAACCCGCCAUUGAGACGAAAGAAAAGAGCAAACGAGGACUGGAACUGAGUCUUGGAGGCGGCGGUGGCCUAGGAAGUUACGGAGGCCUGGGAGGUCAUGGAGGAUUGAGUCUCGGCGGAGGUCUGGGAGGCCACGGAGGUUUGAGUCUCGGUGGAGGCCUUGGCGGAGGUCUCGGCGGAGGUCUAGGUGGAGGAUUGGGAGGAGGCGGAGGAGGAGGAGGAGGAGGUGGCGGUGACGGAGGUCGUAUAACUGGUAUCACGAUUCACCGAGAGAAUCAAGUUCGUGUACCACAACCGUACCCAGUCGAAAGGAACGUAGCUGUACCAUACCCGGUCCCAGUUAAGAUUCCCGUGGACAACCCAAUCCCUGUGCACGUACCGAAACCUUACCCAGUUCCAGUAGAGAAAGCAGUACCGGUGCCAGUGGAGAAACCGGUCCCAGUGCCGUAUUCCGUGCCCGUCAAAGUGCCCGUCAAGGUGCCUUUCCCGGUUAGCGUGCCGGUAAAGGUUCCGGUCGCGAUCGAAAAGGAGGUUCCUUACCCAGUCAAGGUUCCUGUCGUCGUUAAGGAGUCCUACCCUGUUUUGGUUAGCGGUGGCGGUGGCGGUGGCGGCGGCGGUUUUGGAGGUGGAUUCGGAGGUGGAUACGGAGGUGGACACGGAGGUGGAUUCGGAGGAGGUGGAUUUGGAGGUCACGAACUGUCCCUCGGCUUACAUCAUUAGAUAAGGAUGAACUUCAUCGACGUGGAUCUUCAUUCACACUCAUAUAUUUGUAUAUAAUGAUUAUAUUUUUUUAUGCAAAAUAAAUAUUAAAUUAU